CGAGGAGUACAAGCUGGCCGCUCCCCCCGCCCCGCGUCGGCGGCGGUUGCGACUUCACGUCGCGAGGCACUUCCGGCGUGUGCUGGGGUAGCCGGAUGACGUGGCUGAGUCAGAGGAAGAGGCUGAGAGGCCGGGGGGGAGGGGGGAGGGGUGGCUCGGCGGCGGCGGUGACGGUGGUGACGGCGGAGGCGGAGGCAGCGGCUGGGCCCGGGCCCCGUGCGUCUCUCCGCGCCUGGUGGAUGCGAAUCGGCCGCGACAGAGGCGGCGACGGUGGAGGAGUUGGUGGCCGGCGCCGGGCCAGUAGGAGCGCGGAGGAUGAGGCCGCUGCCGGGUGUUCCUGGCGUGGCGGCGGCCGCCGCACUGUUGCUGCUACUGCUGCCCCGGGCCCGGGCGGACGAGCACGAGCACACGUAUCAAGAUAAAGAGGAAGUUGUCUUAUGGAUGAAUACUGUUGGGCCCUACCAUAAUCGCCAAGAAACAUACAAGUACUUUUCACUUCCAUUCUGUGUGGGGUCAAAAAAAAGUAUCAGUCAUUACCAUGAAACUCUGGGAGAAGCACUUCAAGGAGUUGAAUUAGAAUUUAGUGGUCUGGAUAUAAAAUUUAAAGAUGAUGUUAUGCCAGCUACUUACUGUGAAAUUGACUUAGAUAAAGAAAAAAGAGAUGCAUUUGUAUAUGCUAUCAAAAAUCACUAUUGGUACCAGAUGUACAUAGAUGACUUACCUAUAUGGGGUAUUGUUGGUGAAGCAGACGAAAAUGGAGAAGAUUACUAUCUUUGGACCUAUAAAAAACUUGAAAUAGGUUUUAAUGGAAAUCGAAUUGUUGAUGUUAAUCUAACUAGUGAAGGAAAGGUGAAGCUGGUUCCAAAUACUAAAAUACAGAUGUCAUAUUCGGUAAAGUGGAAAAAAUCAGAUGUAAAAUUUGAAGAUCGAUUUGACAAAUAUCUUGAUCCAUCUUUUUUUCAACAUAGGAUUCAUUGGUUUUCAAUUUUCAACUCCUUCAUGAUGGUAAUCUUCUUGGUGGGCUUAGUUUCAAUGAUUUUAAUGAGGACUUUAAGAAAAGAUUAUGCCCGGUACAGUAAAGAAGAAGAAAUGGAUGAUAUGGAUAGAGACCUAGGAGAUGAGUAUGGAUGGAAGCAGGUGCAUGGAGAUGUAUUUCGACCAUCAAGUCACCCAUUGAUAUUUUCCUCUCUCAUUGGCUCUGGAUGUCAGAUAUUCGCUGUCUCUCUCAUUGUUAUUAUUGUUGCAAUGAUAGAAGAUUUAUAUACAGAGAGAGGAUCAAUGCUCAGUACAGCCAUAUUUGUAUAUGCUGCUACGUCUCCAGUGAAUGGUUAUUUUGGAGGAAGUCUGUAUGCUAGACAAGGAGGAAGGAGAUGGAUAAAGCAGAUGUUUAUUGGGGCAUUUCUUAUCCCAGCUAUGGUGUGUGGCACUGCCUUCUUCAUCAACUUUAUAGCCAUUUACUACCAUGCUUCAAGAGCCAUUCCUUUUGGAACAAUGGUGGCUGUUUGUUGCAUCUGUUUUUUUGUUAUUCUUCCUCUAAAUCUUGUUGGUACAAUACUUGGCCGAAAUCUGUCAGGUCAGCCCAACUUCCCUUGCCGUGUCAAUGCUGUGCCUCGUCCAAUACCGGAGAAAAAAUGGUUUAUGGAGCCUGCAGUUAUUGUUUGCCUGGGAGGAAUUUUACCUUUUGGCUCAAUCUUUAUUGAAAUGUAUUUCAUCUUCACAUCUUUCUGGGCAUAUAAGAUCUAUUAUGUCUAUGGCUUCAUGAUGUUGGUGCUGGUCAUCCUGUGCAUUGUGACCGUCUGCGUGACCAUCGUGUGCACAUACUUCCUGCUAAAUGCAGAAGAUUAUAGGUGGCAAUGGACAAGUUUUCUCUCUGCUGCAUCAACUGCAAUCUAUGUUUACAUGUAUUCCUUUUACUACUAUUUUUUCAAAACAAAUUAUUUCUUGAUUGCAGGAUGUAUGGCUUAUUUCAAACAUCAUUUUACUUUGGAUAUAUGGCGGUAUUUAGCACAGCCUUGGGGAUAAUGUGUGGAGCAAUUGGUUAUAUGGGAACAAGUGCCUUUGUCCGAAAAAUCUAUACUAAUGUGAAAAUUGACUAGAUACCCAAGAAAACCUGGAACUUCGGAUCAGUUUCUCUUUCAAAGGGGUGGAACUCGCACAACAAAAAGCGCAAGAAGAGAUUUGGGCUUAACACUGGGUACUUUGUGGAUGUCUCUUUCAUGGAUGACUUAAAGUAACAUCUAUUUCCAUUGAUCCUAGGUUCUUACUGACUGCUUUCUCCAACUGUUCACAGCAAAUGCUUGGAUUUAUGCAGUAGGCAUUACUACAGUACAUGGCUAAUCUUCCCUAAAACUAGCUCAUUAAAGAUGAAAUAGACCAGCUCUCUUCAGUGAAGAGGACAAAUUGUUUAUUUAAAGCAUUUGUUCCAAUAAAAUAAAUAGAGGGAAACUUGGAUGCUAAAAUUUUACAUGAAUAGAAAUCUUCCUGGCACUUAGUGUUUCUAUGUUACUGAAAAAUGAUGUUCCAGAAAGAUGACUUUUUUCCUCUUUAUUUUUACAGCCAUUGUCGAUCUGUUGUGGGACAUUUUUAUAUAUUAAGUCUGGGUUCUUUUUGACCGUUUUUUUUUUUAACUCAACUGCAUCCUUUUUUAAAUAUUAAUUCUGCAUGUAAUAUAUCUGCUGUCAUCUUAGUUGGACGAACUUCCCAUUUGUUUGUCUUAUAAUUAUCCAUUUAUAUCUUAAUUCCAUCCAAAGAAGAUAGAGUCUGAAGAUAGAGGUGUACUCUCUACAAUGCAAUUUACUCUACAGUUAGAAAGCAAAAAAAGUUAAAUGGAGAAGAUACUUGCUUUUAUUAAACAUUUUGAAAUUUAGAUAAACUACAUUUUAACUGAAUGUCUACAGUAAUUAUCAUUUUUCCCCAGAGUUAGUCUUACAUCAUUUUUGGGUUUGAAUAAAGGUGUUACAUAAGACAUUAUUAAAAACAAGGGGGGGGAUGGAUAAUAAAUGUAUAUAACAUUAAAUAAUGUAAUGUAGGUGUAGAUUCCCAAAUGCAUUUGGAUGUACAGAUUGACUGAGGAGUACUUUUUUCUGAUGAUGAUUGGUGUAGAAAUGUGUGAAUUUGGGUGGCUUUUUAUAUCUUGCCUACCAUUGCAUGAAACAUUGGGGUUUCUUCAAAUGUGUGUGUCAUACUUCUUUUGGGGGGGGGGGUUUCUUCUGUUUCUUUUCUGAAACUCCUACAGGAGCUAAAUUUGUAAUUUAGAAACAUUAAUUUUGUUAAUCCUGUCUGGGACACUUAAGUAACAUCUAAAGCAUUACUGCUUUAGAAUGUUAAAAUAAAAUUUCCUGACCAAAUUGUUUUGUGGAAAUAGAUGUGUUUGCAAUUUGAAGAUACCUGUUCAAAAAGCAAUAUUAAAUGCUGGUUAUUUUUGUAUAAUAUACUGUAAAAUACGCUUUUCUAAUACAGAGGACCCCCCCCUUAAAAUUUCCAAAUUUGCCAAAUAAUUUAGACUAUUGAGUGUAGUCAUAAAAUGAAUGAUAAGCCCUUUGAAUGAAAUCGUGGCACAAAAUCUGAUCGGUAUAACAUGUAAAAUCGGAUGUGGUAUGAGUGGCUAGCUUACUAUUGGGUGAACAAAUACUGUUUUCUCUCCUUCCCUCUCUUCCUGUCUCCUUCCCCACCCUCUUCCCUCCCCUCCCCUCCUCUUCCCUCCUUCCUUCCUUUCUACCUUCCUUCCUUUUUUGAGUCGUACUAGAGAAUGAACCUAGGACCUUUUACACUGAGCUACUUCUGAGUCCUUUUUUAUUUUGGGACAGGGUCUCACUAAAUUGCCUGGGCUGGGCUCAAACUUGGGAUCCUCCUGCCUCAGCCUCCCAAAGUGCUGGGCUUAUACAGCAUGUACUCUAUGCCCAACUUACGGUUACAGUUUUUAAAAA